GUGGUGACCGGCACUCGCCUCGCUGACUGAUCGCACCGGAGGGAUAUUUCGGGAGACUCCUGUGGGAAGCAGUCACAGAAAGACAGAAGAUGAAAGCUCCUAUUCCCAACUUGAUUCUCUUGUAUGCUACUCUAACUCAGAGCUUGAAGGUUGUGACCAAAAGGGGAUCAGCUGAUGGUUGCACUGACUGGUCUGUGGAUUACAAGAAAUAUCAAGUUCUAGUGGGAGAACCUGUUCGUAUAAAAUGUGCACUCUUUUAUGGAUAUAUUAGAGCUAAUUACUCCCUAGCCCAAAGUGCUGGACUUAGCUUGAUGUGGUACAAAAGCUCGGGACCUGGAGAUUUUGAAGAACCUAUAGCUUUUGAUGGAACCAGAAUGAGCAAAGAAGAAGACUCCAUUUGGUUCCGACCAACAGUGGUACAAGACAGCGGGCUCUAUGCAUGUGUUAUAAGAAACUCAACUUACUGUAUGAAAGUGUCCAUUUCGCUGACGGUGGGUGAAAAUGACACUGGACUCUGCUACAAUUCAAAGAUGAAAUAUUUUGAGAAAGCUGAACUUAGCAAAAGCAAGGAAAUCUCAUGCCCUGAAAUUGAGGAUUUUUUAUUUCCAUUUAGGGAGCCUGAAAUUCUGUGGUAUAAGGAAUGCAAGUCAAAGACAUGGAGAUCAAGUAUUGUGUUUAAAAAGGACACUCUUGUCAUUCGGGAAGUUAGAGAGGAUGACAUUGGAAAUUACACUUGUGAGUUAAAAUAUGGAUUCUUUGUUGUCAGAAGAACGACGGAAUUAACAGUUACAGCGCCACUAACAGAUAAACCACCAAAGCUUUUACAUCCCUUGGAGAGUAAGCUAACAAUUCAGGAGACCCAAUUAGGUGGUUCUGCUAAUCUAACCUGCCGAGCUUUCUUUGGAUAUAGUGGAGAUGUCAGUCCUUUGAUCUACUGGAUGAAAGGGGAGAAGUUCAUUGAAGAUUUAGAUGAUAGUCGAGUCUGGGAAAGUGACAUUAGGGUUCUCAAGGAACAUCUCGGGGAGCAGGAGGUUUCCAUCUCAUUGAUUCUUGACUCUGUUGAAGAGGCAGACCUGGGCAAUUAUUCAUGCUACGUCGAGAAUGGAAAUGGGCGCCGACAUGCCAGCAUUCUUCUACACAAAAGGGAGCUGAUGUACACAGUUGAGCUUGCUGGUGGGCUUGGUGCUAUUCUGCUGCUGCUUGUUUGUUUAGUGACUAUCUACAAGUGUUACAAGAUAGAGAUUAUGCUCUUCUACAGGAACCAUUUUGGAGCUGAAGAACUAGAUGGAGACAACAAAGACUAUGAUGCAUAUCUAUCUUAUACCAAAGUGGAUCCUGAUCAGUGGAAUCAAGAAACUGGAGAAGAAGAAAGAUUUGCUCUUGAGAUCCUACCAGAUAUGCUUGAAAAGCAUUAUGGAUACAAGUUGUUCAUCCCAGACAGAGAUUUGAUUCCCACAGGAACCUACAUUGAAGAUGUGGCAAGAUGUGUAGACCAAAGCAAGCGACUGAUCAUCGUCAUGACUCCAAGUUAUGUGGUAAGAAGAGGUUGGAGCAUCUUUGAACUGGAAACAAGGCUUCGAAAUAUGUUAGUCACGGGAGAAAUCAAAGUGAUACUGAUUGAAUGCAGUGAACUACGAGGAGUUAUGAACUACCAGGAGGUCGAGGCCCUAAAACAUACCAUCAAGCUCCUCACUGUCAUUAAAUGGCACGGACCAAAGUGCAACAAGUUGAAUUCCAAGUUCUGGAAACGUUUACAGUACGAAAUGCCUUUUAAGAGGAUUGAACCCAUCACAAAUGAGCAGGUUUUAGAUGUCAGUGAGCAGGGGCCCUUUGGGGAACUGCAGACAGUCUCCGCGAUUUCCAUGGCUGCUGCCACCUCUACUGCUCUUGCCACUGCCCAUCCAGACCUGCGCUCCACCUUUCAUAACACAUAUCACUCACAGAUGCGCCAGAAACACUAUUAUCGAAGCUAUGAAUACGAUGUACCUCCUGCCGGCACCCUGCCGCUUACCUCAAUAGGUAACCAGCACACCUACUGCAACAUCCCUAUGACACUUAUAAACGGGCAGCGGCCGCAGACAAAAACUAACAGGGAGCAGAACCCAGAAGAGGCUCACACAAACAGUGCCAUACUGCCCCUCCUGCCACGGGAGACCAGUAUAUCCAGUGUCAUCUGGUGACCGAGAUGCAAGGGGCCGUCGACCCCCUUGAAUAGGAGCAGAGUCUGCAGUCUGGUGCCUGGAACUACAUCCUCGACUGCUGCUGUUAAACAUGCAUUACAAUCGAUAACAUACGAGGAAAAACAGGGUCUUGUACAUAUGUUUUUGCAAUUUCUUUGUAGCAUCAGUCUUCCUGUUUUACCCAUGUCUCUUCCCAUUCACAUUUUCGACUUUGUUUUAUAUGUCAUUAGAAUUUGUAUAUUUACAUUUUUUUAAAAGAAGAGACUGCUGUAUAGAUAGGAAACUUUUUUGCUUCAUUAGUAUAGUUUUAGGUUUUUUGUUUGUUCGUUUUUAACCUCUCUUGGGAAUGCUUGGACAAAGCUAUGUUGAUAUCAGAAGCACCAUCCAUUUUGUUGGCCUGCCUAGCCUGAUUCCUGAAGGCCAUGCCUGCUGCAGCUCACUUCUUUUGGAGAGUAUUUGUUUUUAGAAGGACCCCAUCCCUCACUGAGAGUUCCAGUUUCAUUUCUACUCCCGUAAUGUGCACUGCUCCUUCCCUGCCCUUACAAAGACCCCAAUUUGGGGUAACACUACAGUCUGAUCAUCUAACAUGUAACUUGGUAGAUACCUGCCAAACCACAGAAUAUACCCAAUCUGUAUCGGUUGCUUCACAGUAGUCACUACAGAGUGUGUAGAAACUAGAGCCGGUUUGUUUUUUGUUUUCUUGGGUUUGUUUUUUAAUUAUUAUUUUAUGAAUGAGUUGAUUGUAUUCCUUUUAUAAAUAUAAAAGCAAACCCUAUUUUUAACACAUCCUGGAAAAGUAUCAAUGUGGUUGUGGAUUUUAUUUUUCAAGCAUUUAUUUUUUUCUUUCCCCCUUUCAAAAUCCUGCAAGUGACGUCAUUGGCAAAUGUCAGGCAAGUAAGACAAGUGAGGCAAUAGGCACUGAAGUGCAGAGAGUCCUGCUGAUAUGUACAGAGAUGACUUCCAAACCAAAGGGGAAUAAAAAGACAGUGUUGUAGACGGUUUGUCAUUUUGUAUUAUAGAAAGUGUUAUUUUCAAAAAAAGUAAGAGCAAAACAUUAUUUUGCUGUGGAUUACAGAGUCCCCUUGUAUUUUAAUGUUCAAAAAAAUUGUAUUUGCUUUAAAAUGCUAUAUUCAGGAUUAAGAACUCUUCUUUCAUUUGGUUUUAGCUUGUAACGAUAAAUAAAACUUUAUUAAUUUCAACAUGAUUUCAGUAAGAACUCAGGCAGAAAAAAUGACAUGAUACCAGAAAUAUAAUUGUUUUCAGAAUAAACUUUAUUUAUACAAAAUUAA